AUGGUCCAAGGGUGGGAAGACCGCUACAUCAAGUACAAUAAUGGCAGCCCCGGCCUCCUACGACGCCCGCCGGCCAAACUGAACUAUACGCCCGCCGCUGCCCCUCAUACUGGCGCUAUUGCAAAGAGGACGGCCUUCGAGAUAACCCUAGAUGAUACGAGGACCGCACCGGGCCGGUUAACAUUACCGUCGCGCACGACGAUAGUCUUAAUGGGUAUAUGGACCGCUGCGUCUCGUAUACGGACACCGCGCAGCAAGGGCGUAAGCUUCGACCAACGCUGCAAAACGGGCUUCGAAACUGUCUCCUGCUAA